UUAUUUUCAGCAAUAGUGCAUAACAAUGCAACUUUAACAAACGCGCAAAAACUUCAUUACCUUAAAUCAGUUUUAAAGGGAGAAGCUGAACAACUCCUACACUCCAUUGAAGUCAGUGAUGGUAAUUAUACAGAAGCAUGGAAGAUACUGCAAGAUAGAUAUGAAAAUGAAUUAACAGAUUAUUAACAGUCAUUUUAAGGCUCUUUUUCAAGAGCCACGUGCAAGGACUGAUUUGGCGAGUGAAACCAAACGACUACUAGACACUACUGUAAAACAUGUCAGAGCAUUAACAGUGUUAAAAUUGCCGACAGAUCAUUGGGAUCACAUUUUGGUUUAUACGUUAAGCAACAAACUCGAUAAUGAAACAAGAAAACAGUGGGAAUUAAAAGUUACGACGACUACAUUUCCUACAUUCAAUGAGUUGAAGCAAUUUCUGGAGCAGAGAUAUCGCGCUCUAGAGAUUUCCGUUAGCAAUAUGUUGAAACAAAGAACACAACAAAACAUAGGAAAACUAUCAAGUGCACUCAAAGCUCAUGUGACCGUUUUAAGUUGCCUAGUUUGCAAGGAGGCGCAUUAUGUUUUUUACUGUCCAGCGUUCCAGAAACAGAACGUGAAAACUCAUAAGGUCACUAUCAAGAAUGCUGGACUCUGUUUUAACUGUUUUAAGGGUAAUUACUCAUUGAAAGACUGUAAAUCUACAGCUACAUGCAAGCAUUGUCGUAAGAAACAUAACACCAUGCUACAUGAAGACGAAUCUCCCGCUCUAGUUACAGCAUCAAACGCAGCAUUUUCUUGUAUAACAGGGAAGUGAUUAUUACACACCACGCAUCUGAAACUCAACAAAAAACUGUCUUGUUAGCGACGGCAGUAGUUAAUGUGAUUGACUCGUUUGGAACCAAACAGACUGCUACUAGAUAAUGGAUCACAGUCAUCAUUAGUUAGUGAGGCGUUUGUACAAAGAACAAGAUUGCCGCGAGAAACUGGAAAAUUAAAAGUUAUAGGUCUGGGUCAAACAGAUUCUGGAGUUAUGAAGGGUAUAGUGAAGGUACAACUUCAGUCGAUAUAUGACCAGUUCUCUUUACAAAUGAACACAUUCGUAUUGCCCAGGCUUACAGGUAUUCUCCCAGCAGUAAAGGUUAACAUUCCAGACUGGAAACAUAUUAAGAAUAUAGAUUUAGCAGACUCAGCAUUCAACAAGCCUCGUGAAAUAGACAUUAUAUUAGGGGCAGAUUAUUAUCAUGAUGUCUUAACAUCCACGCCAAUAGUGAAGGAGUCAAACUGUCCUUAUUUACAGCUCAAGGUUCGGUUGGGUAGUCUCUGGUCCUGUGGAUCAGCAACUUGAAGACAAGGUGAUGUGCAACUUUGUUACGUGUAACACAGAUAAAAUACUAAAACAAUUUUGGGAAAUCGAAAAGGUAGAAGCCACACAGAAAAUGUCGGUAGAAGAAACAAAAUGUGAAGAACAUUUUCAAAAAACUCAUCUAAGACAAGAAACUGGACGCUAUUCAGUCUCAUUUCCCUUUAAGGAAGAAAGACCAACUUUAGGAGACUCCGAGCAAAUGGCAUUUCGUCGACUUCAGGCAUUGGAAAGAAGGCUAGAAAAAGAUUCGUACAUUCGUACACAAUACAAUGAUUUCAUAAAGGAGUAUGAAAAUAAACACCACAUGUCUGAAGUCUCAACUACUGAAGAGUGUUACUAUAUACCUCAUCAUUGCGUCAUACGAGAAAGCAGCGAAACCACGAAGCUCCGUGUGGUUUAUGAGGCCUCAGCCAAGUCAUCGAACAAUAAAUCACUAAAUGAACAAAUAUGUGUGGGACCUAAAAUCCAAGAUGAUAUAUUUGAAAUCUUACUUCGUUUCCGUACGUGGAAGAUUGCUAUAUCGGCAGACUUAGAAAAGAUGUUCAGACAGAUAUCUAUGAACAGUGAAGAUAGAAGAUGGCAACGCAUUUUGUGGAAAUCAUCACCAGAAUUGCCAGUGAAAGAAUAUGAACUGAACACAGUAACGUAUGGUACCACAUCUGAUCCAUAUUUAGCUACAAGGACCUUGAAACAACUGUCGAUCGAUGAAAGAGAACAUUUUCCUGAAGAGUCGACCGUGGCUGAACGUGACUUCUACGUGGACGAUUUAAUGACAGGUAGAGACGAAGGCCAGGAGGCAGUUUAUUUAUGUCAACAGCUUACAGAGAUGCUAAAUAAAGGACAAUUUUAUCUUCGCAAGUGGAUCUCGAAUGACAGGACAGUGAUAUCAGCCUUACAACAAUCUGAGAGUACUGACAAUCAUUACAUUAAGGUAUCUGACUUAACGAAGGCCUUAGGUCUUAAUUGGAACACUAAGGAAGAUGUAUUUUACUUCGUGUUGUGUAAAUUCUCUAAUCAACCACCUACAAAGCGUACUGUAUUUUCAGACAUUGCACCACUAUUUGAUCCAUUGGGUUGGUUAGCACCAGUCACAAUCAAGGCCAAAAUGAUACUCCAACGCCUUUGAACAACUGGAACAACAUAGAAUGAAUUGUUACCUACAAUCAUUGCAGAACAAUGGAAAGGCUUUAGGGCUGAACUUCAAACAUUAACAGAA